GCCCGGGUCGAAACGCCGCGUGACUCGUAGGUGAGAACGCGGAGCCGCCGCCGCCACCGCCGCCGAGAAGCCCUUGUUCCCGCUGCGGGGAGGAGAGUCUAGUGCCGACAAGAUGGCGGACGGGGAGCUGAACGUGGACAGCCUCAUCACCCGCCUGCUGGAGGUACGAGGAUGUCGUCCAGGAAAGAUUGUGCAGAUGACUGAGGCAGAAGUCCGAGGGUUGUGUAUCAAGUCUCGUGAAAUCUUUCUCAGCCAGCCUAUUCUUUUGGAAUUGGAAGCACCAUUGAAGAUUUGCGGAGAUAUUCAUGGACAGUAUACAGAUUUACUGAGAUUAUUUGAAUAUGGCGGUUUUCCACCAGAAGCCAACUAUCUUUUCUUAGGAGAUUAUGUGGAUAGAGGAAAGCAGUCUUUGGAAACCAUCUGUUUGCUAUUGGCUUACAAAAUCAAAUACCCGGAGAACUUCUUUCUUCUAAGAGGAAACCAUGAGUGCGCUAGCAUCAAUCGCAUUUAUGGAUUCUACGAUGAGUGCAAACGAAGAUUUAAUAUUAAAUUGUGGAAGACAUUCACUGAUUGUUUUAACUGUCUGCCUAUAGCUGCCAUUGUGGAUGAGAAAAUCUUCUGUUGUCAUGGAGGACUGUCACCAGACCUACAAUCUAUGGAACAGAUUCGGAGAAUUAUGAGACCCACUGAUGUCCCUGAUACAGGUCUGCUUUGUGAUUUACUGUGGUCUGACCCAGACAAGGAUGUACAAGGCUGGGGAGAAAAUGACCGUGGUGUUUCUUUUACUUUUGGAGCUGAUGUAGUCAGUAAAUUUCUGAAUCGUCAUGACUUAGACUUGAUUUGUCGAGCUCAUCAGGUGGUAGAAGAUGGGUAUGAAUUUUUUGCUAAGCGACAAUUGGUAACCUUAUUUUCUGCCCCAAAUUACUGUGGCGAGUUUGACAAUGCUGGUGGUAUGAUGAGUGUGGAUGAAACUUUGAUGUGUUCAUUUCAGAUAUUGAAACCAUCUGAAAAGAAAGCUAAGUACCAGUAUGGUGGACUGAAUUCUGGACGUCCUGUUACUCCACCUCGGACAGCUAAUCCACCGAAGAAAAGGUGAAGAAAGGAAUUCUGUAAAGAUACCAUCAGAUUUGUUAAGGACAUACUUCAUAAUAUAUAAGUGUGCACUGUAAAACCAUCCAGCCAUUCGACACCCUUUAUGAUGUCACACCUUUAACUUAAGGAGACGGGUAAAGGAUCUUAAAUUUUUUUCUAAUAGAAAGAUGUGCUACACUGUAUUGUAAUAAGUAUACUCUGUUAUAAUAUUCAACAGUUAAAUCCAAAUUCAAAAGUAUCCAUUAAAGUUAUAUCUUCCCGUAUUACCAUUGUUAAGGUUGAAAGCAUCCCAGUUAAACUAGCUGUGGUAGUUACCCAGACGAAAGCAUGACGGCCCAUCUGUGUAAUGUGGUUUUAGUGUUGCUUGGUUGUUUAAUUA